AUGGGCCUGCGAAGAGUCUGGUCCCCUUGUGCGGCGUCGAGUGGGGCCUGGCUUGAAGCCCACUUCACAUUCAACUCCACGCCUCGGCGGCCAAUCUCACGCCUCGAGGGCCGGUCGCCUCUGACGACCGUGGCCACAGACGUUGUUGACGAGGUGUGCGCCCCCACCAACCAUCCGGAGGGCGUGGACUUGGACUUGCGGGAAGCGGAAAGGAGCACCCGGAAUCCCGGAGCUUCGAUCCCGCUGAUGACGAGCACGUCGCGACGUGCUCGCCUUGGCGACGGGGCUCAGGAGGACGAGGUUGAGGUCAGGGGCGCCAAGGAGCGGUGCCAAGAUUCGCGCGCCGAAAGAUUCGUAGACCCGAACUCUGCCCUCGACGAGUCAACUCAACUCGAUGUUUACGGUAUUGCCGUUGUAGCCGCCCCGUCGAGGCCUCGAAAGGUCGACUGCCGAUGUUGGGUUGACAGCGAUCUACGGGCAUCCACCCCCACUGGCGCAUCCCUACUGGCGCUCGUAAGGGGCGUAAGCCGACAGGCGGCUCCACCGAGCAUGCCGGGAGCGUUCCGCAAUCGCCUCGCCGCGUUUCACGCCACGCGCGCGCCCGCCUCAAACCACGCUACUGCAUCUGCGGCUCUGGCCGUGCGCGUGUGUUUGCUUGAAAGAAAGCGUUCUUUUGAGGGUGGGAUCUACGACGCGCCUAAGCGAGCGACGCAAGGGUCCGCCGACUCCGCACCGCAGCCUCGUUUCCUCGCGUCUCACGUCCCGCAGGUGAUCUUCGAGGCUCGUCAUGCUCAUGACUUUCCGACCGUCGGUCUGUCAACUGGGCUACGUCGUAUCUCCCCUUCAACAUCUCCUUCAGCCGAAAUCUGGGUCCCGUCACCUUCGAGCAAGCUUCCAUUCCUUCUCAACAGCAAGUUCCCGGCAUUGCCGCUUUCAGCACUCUCUCUCACCGGCAGUCAAUCGGGCAUCGGGCAUGAUCCGGAGACGAUAUCUAUAGCAGCCGAUUGA